CGCGCGGCGGCCCCAGGUACGCGGACAAGAUGGCGGCGGCAGCGGUCGACAGCGCGAUGGAGGUGGUGCCCGCGCUGGCCGACGAGGCGGCGCCCGAGCCCGCGGGCCUCAGCUGCCUGGUCAGCCUGCCCGGCGAGGUGCUGGAGUACAUCCUGUGCAGCGGCUCGCUCACGGCCGCCGACAUCGGCCGCGUGUCCAGCACCUGCCGGCGGCUGCGCGAGCUGUGCCAGAGCAGCGGGAAGGUGUGGAAGGAGCAGUUCCGGCUGAGGUGGCCGUCCCUGAUGAAGCACUACAGCCCCACCGACUACGUCAAUUGGCUGGAGGAGUAUAAAGUUCGGCAGAAAGCGGGGCUCGAGGCGCGCAAGAUCGUCGCCUCCUUCUCCAAGCGCUUCUUCUCCGAGCACGUCCCUUGUAACGGUUUUAGUGACAUUGAGAAUCUUGAGGGACCAGAGAUAUUUUUUGAGGAUGAACUGGUAUGCAUCCUGAAUAUGGAAGGAAGAAAAGCCUUGACCUGGAAAUACUAUGCCAAAAAAAUCCUUUACUACUUACGGCAGCAGAAAAUUUUAAAUAAUCUUAAGGCUUUCCUUCAGCAGCCUGAUGACUAUGAAUCAUACCUUGAAGGAGCUGUGUACAUUGACCAGUACUGCAAUCCUCUCUCCAACAUCAGCCUCAAGGACAUCCAGGCGCAGAUCGACGGCAUCGUCGAGCUGGUUUGCAAAACUCUGCGGGGCAUCAACAGCCGCCACCCCAGUCUGGCCUUCAAGGCAGGUGAAUCCUCCAUGAUCAUGGAGAUCGAGCUCCAGAGUCAGGUGCUGGACGCCAUGAACUACGUCCUGUACGACCAGCUAAAGUUCAAGGGGAAUCGGAUGGAUUAUUACAAUGCCCUGAACCUGUACAUGCACCAGGUUUUGAUCCGCAGAACGGGGAUCCCGAUCAGCAUGUCUCUGCUCUACUUGACAAUCGCCCGGCAGUUGGGGGUCCCGCUGGAGCCGGUCAACUUCCCCAGUCACUUCUUACUGCGGUGGUGCCAGGGUGCAGAAGGGGCGACCCUGGACAUCUUCGACUACAUCUACAUCGAUGCCUUCGGGAAAGGCAAGCAGCUGACAGUGAAGGAGUGUGAGUACUUGAUCGGCCAGCACGUGACCGCCGCCCUGUACGGGGUGGUCAACGUCAAGAAGGUGCUGCAGCGCAUGGUGGGCAACCUGCUCAGCCUGGGCAAGCGGGAGGGCAUCGACCAGUCUUACCAGCUCCUCCGAGACUCGCUGGACCUCUACCUGGCCAUGUACCCGGACCAGGUGCAGCUGCUGCUCCUCCAGGCCAGACUCUACUUCCACCUGGGGAUCUGGCCAGAGAAGUCUUUCUGUCUUGUCUUGAAGGUGCUUGACAUCCUCCAGCACAUCCAGACCCUCGACCCCGGGCAGCACGGGGCGGUGGGCUAUCUGGUGCAGCACACUCUAGAGCACAUUGAGCGUAAGAAGGAGGAGGUGGGGGUGGAGGUGAAGCUCCGCUCGCACGAGAAGCACCGGGACGUCUGCUACUCCAUUGGGCUCGUAAUGAAGCACAAGAGGUACGGCUAUAACUGCGUCAUCUACGGCUGGGACCCCACCUGCAUGAUGGGGCACGAGUGGAUCCGGAACAUGAACGUCCACAGCCUGCCGCACGGCCACCAUCAGCCUUUCUACAACGUCCUGGUGGAGGACGGCUCCUGUCGAUACGCAGCCCAGGAAAACCUGGAGUAUAACGUGGAGCCUCAGGAGAUCUCCCACCCGGAUGUCGGACGCUAUUUCUCCGAGUUCACGGGCACUCACUACAUCCCCAACGCAGAGCUCGAGAUCCGCUACCCCGAGGACCUGGAGUCGGUGUACGAGACGGUGCAGAACAUCUACAGUGCCAAGAAAGAGAGCGCAGAGUAGGGCCGGCGCCGCCGCCCCCGCCACUGCCCCCGCACCACCGGGAUCGGAGACGCCCGGCCCUGGCACCCACGCCCAGGACAGCCGCGCACGGCAGCGCCGGUCGCCUCGUCCCCCGCGCCCUCCUCCAGCUGCCCAGACAGUGUUGCCCUCCGCCUACACUAGUGACCCCCCGACAGGCACUCUGUUCAGUGGCAUGGCUUGUUCGCUUGUCCCGUGGUGACAGUUCGUGACACUCUGUCCUCAUGAGGUUCCCAGUCGACGCCCGGACUCUCCUCCCCUCCCCUCCCCUCCCCUCCCGUCCGUCCUCUGUCCGCGCCAGUCGGGGGGCUCGUGUGGUCAUGGUCGGUUCUUUCUGGUUUCUCGCUGGCGCGUGCGUGUCCCAAAUCAGAUGGUCUGUCCCUCCCCCCGAGUCUUGUUGCUUGUGGAGAGGGGAUGCCCUCAGUGGCCUGGCCGCCACUCCGCGGAGCCCUGCGCGAAGUCACGUGGCCGGAACCGUCGUUGGCGUGUGUGUCUGUGGCAGCCAGGACAGCGUCCGGGCCUUUGUCUCCGCCGGGACUGGGGGAAGAACGCGGCUUUCCUUCCUCCCUCCGCCGUCCUCUCUCGGAGUAUCGCUGCAAAUCCUCCGUUUUCUGUCUUACUUCGUAGCCGUCUUUGAGAAAAAUGCCGGAUGCUGGCCUUGGCGAUGGACCUUUCCACUUUCAUCUGCUUUUCCUCCCUUUAAAGCGACUUUCAGAGAGAACUGACUCGAGUAUCAUGAGUAGAUGUCGAACCAAUGAUGGGUUGUCUUUAGUAGUGAGAAGUGCAACCUGAUGUUAAGAUGUUUGUGCUUAGAAACCGCAUUUCAUGGUCUCGCUUUCGUAAGAAGAAAAUAGCCUGCACAGCUAGCGCCAGGGAACAGGCGGCGCAACGGCGGGCCGCCCUUCCUGCCGAAGAGAGAGGGCCGGGCCGGGCGGGGCGGGGCGGGGUGGGGGGCCUCUCUGACGCUUCCCCACGGCCUCCACCACCCCGGCCCGGCAGCCGGUCUCGCUGCCCACAGAGACGCCCCGCGCCCUCGCUCCCUCUCCGCCACCCCCUCGCUCCUGCAGGUGAGGCUCUGGGGGCCCCGGGCACCCAGGCUCUGUCCAGCGGUCGUUAGCAGCUGGUGUGCCCUUGAGAUCGGAGCACUCUCGCGCCCAGCCUGCCCGGGACGGGAGGGGGCCGCCCAGUCUCCGUUCCGGGUGAGCGCCGGGCCGGGCCUGGGGUCCCUGUUCAUGAGAUUCAUUGCUAGGAAACUGUGGAGCAUGCUCGGUUAGGACCGUUGGGUUUCUGGUUUGGUUUUCUUUCUCCUUAGACUAACAUCGAAGCCAAGAAAGGGUGGCUUUCCCCUUCCCGACCUCGUGUACAUAUGUACCUAGCCUGUUUUUAAUGUCUUUCCUCCUGAAUGCUUCAUCCGGCUCCAGGAAGCCCGUGUCACCUGUGUACGUUGGUAUUUGGGCACUUUAUAUUUUUCUAAAAACGUGUUUUGGAUCCUGUACUCUAAUAAAUCAUAAGUUUCUUUUUAAAUUUUUCCAAAA